AUGUCUGGCCUGGGAGGCAAUUUUGGCGUUCAUUUCCAGCGGGAAACAUGGGCUCUGUAUGCUGUCGGCGUUUUUGGCGCUGUCCUACGAUAUGUCGCUCGUAUUCGCCGAUUGGGUUUCGCAAACCUCCAAGUCGAUGAUUACCUCAUGCUGAACGCCGUUGUCUGGUAUACGAUAUUGUGUGUGGCACUAAAUGAAGUCGCCACAGGCGGAGGGUCGAAUUUGAUGACGCCGGAGGAUAUCGCGGCAUUGAAGGGACCGCAUGGAGCUGCCAUCCAUGCCGAGAGAGAAAAAGGAAGUAAAUGGGUUUUUGUCUCAGAACAUGCCUUUAUUCUUUGCGUCUGGAGCUUGAAGGCUUGCAUGUUGGUCAUCUACGCUCGUAUCACGGAGGGAACCCGCCAACAACGAUGGAUCAAGCUUAUCGCCGUCUACGUCGGUCUCGGCUUCAUUGCCACCGAGCUCGCUCUGUUCCUGAUCUGCCGGCCUCUACACAAUUACUGGGCAGUUCCAACCCCCAACUACCAAUGCUCGUCAUAUCAAUACUAUGAAAUCGUCCAAGGCUGCUUAUCCAUCUCCGCGGAUGUGUUCAUGCUUAUCGUUGCCAUCCCGAUGUUGGUCCAAGUCCGCGUUCCGCUGAAGCAGAAGAUGAUUCUCCUGCUCCUUUUCGGAAUGGGUAUCUUCGUCAUUGUCGCCGCCAUCCUGAAUAAGAUCUACUGUCUUGUACCGUCGCUCAUCUCCUAUGUCUACAUGAACUGGUAUUUCCGCGAAGCCACCGUUGCGAUCCUUGUGACCAAUCUCCCACUGGUCUGGUCGCUUCUCCGAGACGUUUUCCCAGCCCUCAAGAGCUGGACUGGGGGAUCGAAGCGGGGCACCGACCGGUACAAGUCUGGGCCCUGGACAAGCAAGAAUUCUCGACCCUACGGCCCGUCCAGUCAAGUGCGCUCGGCGGAUUUCCACAUGCAGGACUUCCAUUCCGCCAGCGUAACCCCGACCGGUAAACAUCGGCCAGAGGUCUCCGAUGUUAGCAUUCCCAGCGACGAGCGCUCAAUCAGCGAUGAUGGUUCGGCCCGGGCUUUGCGUAUUCGCCAGGAUAUUACUGUCGAGAUCAAACACGACUCUCGGCCGCCAGAUUACGAGGCUAGCACAUCAGAGGUCACGCGAGGCCGCGAGGCAGUUUAG